AUGCCUCCCAAACGCGUGGCCAUUGUCACCAGCAGCACCCGCCGCCCCCGGCUCAACCCCACGAUAACGCAAUACGUCUAUGACGUCCUCACCUCCGACCCAACCAUCCCCACAAACCACAGCAACACAACUGACACAGAUCCGCGCCAUAUAACCCUCGAAAUCCUCGAUCUCGCAAAACAAUCUCUCCCCCUCUACGACGAAUCCGUCAUCCCCGCCAGCCUCCCCGCGACAGAUCCCACGCCGCACUACAGCAAAGCGCACACGCGGGCAUGGUCAGCGGUCGUGCGACAAUACGAUGCAUUCAUCUUUGUCACACCACAAUAUAACUGGAGUAUCCCGGCGAGUCUGAAGAAUGCGCUGGACUAUCUCUUCUAUGAGUGGAAGGGGAAGCCUGCCGGGAUUGUUUCGUAUGGGGGACGGGGCGGGGGUAAGGCGGCGGAGCAUUUGCGGGCUGUUUUGACGGGGUUGAGGAUGAAGGUUAUUGAGACUGCGCCUGGGUUGACUGUUAAGUUUACUGGGUUGCCGGUUGGGUCGUUGUCGGAGGAGGAGGAGAAGGUUGAGUUGGAUGAGCGGGAUGUUGUUGGAUGGGGGCAGGCGGGGAUUGAUGGGAUGAUGAGGAAUUUGGGGAUGGAGUUGGUUUGUGAAUUGGAUAAAAUGUAG